UUCAGGCUAAUUUAUUUCGGAAUCGAAUGUUCUAUAUUUAAACAUACCACCGGGGCAUUGGUGCAGUGUAAUUUCUAUUCCCUUCAACGUGAACAGUACACUUGCUGAAGCGAAAUUUCUAACUGAUAACUAGCCACAAAUGUGAGUAACAUAUUAUCAAAGUAAAAGUGCACAAGUGUUUAGAUUGCACUUGUUAACGUAAUUAGGUAAUAUGGUACCUGUUGGUACUCUUUACUUAACUCAUACUAUAAAAUUUGUAAAUUAUCAGGUAUUACUCAGAGCUUACAAUUUAAUGUAGAAAUAAUAUACUAAAUCAAAAACUAACUUCUACCAGAACCAUGGAACACAAAGUGAUCACAGAUAUCUUAAACCUUCAUUUGGAAAGAAAUAAUCUUUCUAAGCAUGGCUCACGGAGUUGGAUUGUUGGAGAAUCUCUGGUAGGAGGACGUGGUCUUUUUGCCACAAAAGAUAUUGUGGUUGGAGAGCUCAUCUUCGUGGAUGCUCCACUGAUAGUUGGGCCUAGAACACGAGAUAAGCAUUUGCCGCUCUGCGUCGUGUGCUACAAGACUGGCUGUCCUCUAUUUCCUUGUGACAAGGGAUGCAGUCUCCCAAUCUGCUCCUCUGCCUGUGAACUAUCAACUAAACACGAUGCUGAAUGCUCUCUCCUUCGAGCAUGGAAACCCACUUGCGGUUCUUCUUGGUCUAUUGACUUACUCAGAGCAUUAGUUCCAAUCAGGGCACUUCUAUUAGGAGAUCAACAGCGAGAUCUACUUUACACUCUGCAGUGGCACUCCGGGCCUCAGCAUGGUUCAGAGAUAGAUCUUUUGAAGAGUAACAUAGAAAUUCAAAUGAAUCAAACAGAGGAAGAGUUCAUGAGACGGGUGUGUGCAGUAAUGGAUACUAAUUCGUUUGAAACAGCUGCAUUAGUUGGGGAGUCUGUCACAAGCUUACGAGGCUUAUAUCCAAUGGGUGCUUUGCAGAAUCAUUGCUGUACACCUAAUACUCGUCACUAUUACGAUUCUCAACAGAAAUUAUAUGUAGUGGCUGCUCUUCCCAUUAGGAAAAACGAAGAGAUAACUAUGACUUACACAGAUUUGUUUUGGGAUACAACAUUACGAAGACGCCAUUUAGCUGGCACUAAACAUUUCUUCUGUACAUGCAGUAGAUGCACCGAUCCGCUAGAAAAUGGAUCUUCGCUUGGAGCAUUGAGUUGUGCUCAUAAAGAGUGUCCUGGAAUUUUAGUCCCUGUUGAACCGCUUGAUACUUCAACUGUAUGGCAGUGCACAGAAUGUGGACUACGCCUGAAACAUAGACAAAUUAUUUCAAUUCGAUCAGCUCUGGGAAGUAUAGUUGAAGAACUGAUAUACAAAAGUCCUAGGCAGAUGUUGCGAUUCAUGAAAAGUGAGUUGUCGGUCUUGGUACCCACAACAAAUUACGUUGCAGUUGAUAUGAAACUCAGAAUAAUAUCUUGUCUUGGAAGAACCGAGAAGUUUUUGUGGGAAGAUUUGUCAAAGGAUGAGCUUAGAAUAAAGGAAAAAUACUGCAGGGAUUUAUUACUCUUGAUUGAGACUUUAAAAUGUGGCGAAUGUAAGAUGAAAGGCUUGAUCUCUUAUGAGUUGUACAGUACACUGAGGGAGCUUAACAAAAGGCAAUUUAAUGAACAGAACAGUAUAGAGAAGUCUGAGUCACAGUUUCAGAAGAGUGACGAAAAUAAGAACCUGCUUGAGACUGCGAUAUUGAUAUUGCAAAAUGACUUAACUGCUCCCAAAGAUUUAUUGUCUAUUGUUUCCGAUAUGACAAAAAAAUAAAUAAAAAUAAAUUA